AAUUUCCACGUGGUUUUUAUUUUCUUCGAUGGAGGAAUGUCAAGAUUUCUCAAGAGUGAAAUGGAGGAAAAUUCCAGUGAAAUAUGUAUAUUUAUUUACGGAUUAAAAGAAAAUACAAGGAAAGUGGUGCUUCCACUGCUUCCAAGGAUGGCACGCCACUGAGAUAGGGCCCCCUCUAAAAUAAUAUAAAAAAUAAUUGUCAUCAGACUUAGGUAUGUCUUCCAAAGUUUCAGCCUUUGAUUUAGAAAUGGGUGAAACUUGAAUUGUAAGAUUUGAGGACAUAAGAAAUUCAAUAAUUUCAUCUGCUUCAAAAGCUCAAAGUUAAUUUUCUAAAGUCAAAUUCAUAAAUGAAGUUUUAACAAGAUGCAGUGCCAAUUAUUAGAAGAAUUUAAGGUGGAAUCCAUCACUGAUGAAGUCAUGUGCAAUGUAUUGGCCAAAUUCAUAAAAUUACGCAAGCUUCCAGAGUUAUUUUCUACACUGUUUACUUCAUUAGAAGAUAUUUUGUCAAAAAAUGAUUUUAUUUUUCUAGUUCAGUUUUUACGAAAUCUGUCAAGCCAAGUAAUGUAUCUUCCUGAUGGACAAAUUCUAGAUAUAUGGAAAAUUUGUAUAGAUAACAGUUUAAAGUUGUUAGAAAUUAUACAAAAAAAGAAAAAUGAAACUGCAUUUAAAAGUUUAAAUAUAAUAAUUGAAAUAUUAAGAAUAUUUCUUUUGCAUUAUAAAAUAAAUAGGGAUCAUUCUCAAGCUCAAAAAAAUCAAAAUGUCCUAGAAAAUGUUAUUGAUUGUAUUAAAAAAUUCUCUAAAAUUUGCAUUUCAAAGAAUUUAGAAAAUGAGAUAGGAUAUUCUAUGCUUACUUUGUGUUAUGCUUGGGGAGAGAUUCAUUUAUCAAUGAAACAAUAUGUUAGAUCUUAUCAUUUCAACUCUACAACUACUACAUGUGAACAUUUAUUUGAUUUAAAUGCCAUUCACUAUUACUUUUCUUCAGAUGAGUGGAUUAAAAUCCUUUCAAAUUUUGAAGAUGCCAAAGAUAUAAAAGUACAAUAUUUCAUUUUUUUAUUACUUUUGCAAAAGUCUCGAUUUUUAGUAAGUAAUUUAAAAAUUGAAUCAGAUGAAGAAAUGGCAGUGAUUAAAGAAUUAUUAAAAUAUAUAUUUAAGAUGUUAAAAUCAUGUGAUAGCUCUGUAUGUGCAGUUUGGAAUGGAGAAUCAGCUCACAUUACCUCUGAAACAUAUUCUACAGCAUUGUGGUAUUCUUUUUUAAAAUACUUACCAUGUUUUAUCCGAUUUUUUAAACCAAAGCAAUUUUUAUUUCUAUCUUCAAAUUUUAUACAUGUUUUGAAGGAUUCUGAACAAAGAAAUAUUUCCAAUGCAAACAUUACUUUAGAAGGAGUUAUAAAUGAAUUUUUAAGGAGCUUGUAUUUUGCAGAAACACCAAAUUUUCAUUCUGCUUUUUUAUCAGAAAUUUGGAAGUUAGCUUUGCAUAGUUUUGAUACCAGGAAGCGGAAAUUAAAUGAAGAUGUAACUGAUAGUAGACGAGACGUUCUUUCUUUCUUAAGUUCUUCACCUCGAGUAUUAAUGAAAUUUAAAAAUACCACUCCAAAAUGUAGAUUAAAUGAACCUUUAAACAAACUGUGGAUUGAUAUUAAGGAUACUUCUGAAAUUUUUGUCAGGAUCAUUAAUUCGAGUGAAGAUGUGACAAUACAAUUAAGAAAUUUGUUUGAAUUCUUAAAGAUGUUAAACUAUUUACCAUUAGAAUACUUACAUCCAGGAAAUCAAAUGAAUUGCAUUUUAGGAGUGUUAACUUUCUUGACAUACAUAAAUGAAACCCAGAAUGAAGAUAAUUUGUUGUCUUGCAAUGUUAUAAUUGAAGUUUGUAGAAUAAUUUUGUCCAUUAUGGAUGGUACGCGCAGUGUCUGGUUGUUGUCUUUUGUUGAUAUAGUUUUAUUGUUAAAAAUGUCUAUUAAACUGACAAAUUAUGUUUACAAAAUGAAACAGGAUAAAAACUUUUCUGUUCAAAAUGAAACAUUAAAACUCUUGGAGCAAUUAAUGAAUUCUUUUAUCUUACUGGCAAUGAAAAACAUUGAGACUUUCUCUAGAAUUAUAAUUUUCAUUCAGGAGAAGAAAGAUUUAGGAAAAAGCAAUUGUGACAAAGGAUUCCUUACUUUUGCAGUAGCAUUACUUUCAAAGAUUAAUAAUUCAAAACAUAGAGAGCAUGUGAAAGAAUCAUUUGACAAAACGUGCCAAGAAAUAGCAAAUCUGCUGAUAAAGCGACUGAAAAAAUAUUUGAAUAAUUUUGAUAUAAAAACAGAACCUUUAAUUGUUAAUUGUUAUGUUGAAAUAAUUAAUUUUGAAUGUUCUGACAAAGAUAAAGAAAUAGAAAAUCUUAAUUUAAAACAUAUAUUAGAAUAUGUAUUUGCUGGUUUUAUACGAGAAGAUGCAUUGCAUUAUUAUAGUUCGGAAUUGUUCAUAGCUAUUUGUAAGUACAAAGAAAUUCUCAAAAACAACAUUCCAGAAAAUUUUAUAGAAACAUUGUGGUUUCUUUUAAUUAAUAAGAUAUUUAAUAAUAGUAAAUUUUUAAUUAAACAUAUUGAUAAAGAUACAAAAGUACAAACAAUAAAUUUUGAAGAAGAAAUGGAGAAAAGUCAUUUUGGUUUAGUUGUAAAUGCAAUAGAUAAAAUUCAGAAUGAAAAUUCUACUAAUUGUAAAAGCUUUUCUGGUUUUGAUGAGAGAGAAAUUUCAAAUAGAGAAUUAUCUUUGUCAAAAGAAUUAAACAUCUUGCCGAAACUCUUUGACUGCUGCUCGGAAGAGGAACAUGCAAACAUAGUUCGAGAUUUAACUUUUAUGAUCGAUACUGUAAGCAUUGAAAAUUUUGAAUCGUCCAUCUUUAUGUUUUUAAAAAUAUGGGAAAUUCUUAUAAAUUCCUCAAAGGAAUUAUCUCGUUUGAGAUGUUUGCAAUCACCCAUUUGUAAUUUAAUUGUUAAAUUACAUAAUCUAAUGUACCAAAUGAAAUACAUUUCAGAAGAUUCUAUUUUUGUAGACUUAUCAAUGCCAAUUUUAAAAUUUUUUUGUUUAAUUUUGCAUAAAGGAAAAGGUUUUCUUACUCAUCAGUGCGUUCUCUUAUGUCUGGAAUGUUGUAUGGCAAUUCCUCUAGAGCAGUUAACUGAAAAAUCUCAACUUUACAUAAAUGCAUUUGAUGGCAUUUAUAAUAUUCUAAAUGAAAUUAUGAUACAACAACAAAAUUCAGCUCUAUGUAGUGCAUCUAUAUUUAUUUCCUACAUCUGUCAUAUUGUUGCGUGCCAAGUUCAAGCGAGCAAUCAAGAAUUAGUUGCUAAAUAUGACAAUUAUUUACAAGAAAAAUGUGAAUUCUGCGCACAAAAAUUAUGUAAACUACUAAUAUUAAUUUCUGAACACAAGAUGGAAUUUUCAAAAUUAGUGUCUAGCGUUAUUGCAACCUACGUUAACGAAGUAGCUAAAGUAACCCUUUUCCCAUCAAUUAAAACUCAUUUAAUUCGUGGCAUAAACAAGUUGAUAGAAAUGUGCGAUGUGAAUUUCUUAAAUACAUUACAAAAAACUCUUAAACAUGGGAAUAAAGAAGUAUUUAAAGCAAUUUUAGAAGAUUAUAAAUUGCAUUUUAAAUAUCGUGGCCACGUUUAAAAUUUCAUUUGUACAGUGUACGAUUGAAAAGAAAUAUGUAAAAUAUUUUUAAAA